GGACAAUUUAUCACUUUGUCUCCAAUGGCUAGCGAGUUCCCUACUGGUGAACUCGUUGCGUCACCCAUGUCAGCUACGUUCCCCGCUGGUGGGCUCGUUGCUUCGCCGAUGUCAGCUACGUUCCCCGCUGGUGGGCUCACUGCUUCGCCCAUGUCAGCGACGUUCCCCGCCGGUGGUGUAGUGGCCUCGCCCAUGUCAGCAACCUUCCCCGCAUUCGGUGCAGAAGUACACGAGAAAAAAAGCCCUCGUCCUGGAAUGCCUAGGAAAGGCAGAAGGAAGGCUCUCUUGAUUGGUAUUAAGUAUUACAGGAAUAAGAAUCCGAGGUUGAAGAGUUUGAAGGGGCCGCAUCAUGAUGUGAGGGAGGUUCAGAGGUUGUUGACUGAUGUCUUCGGAUGGGGCAAGGAUUGUUUUCGGGUGUUGAAGGAUGAUAAUGGUCUGGCUAGGAACCAACCGACGCUUGAGAAUAUCAAACGCGAGCUCGCAAGUCUUGUAGAAGACGCCAGGCCCGGAGAUCACCUUUUCUUCUACUUUUCCGGCCAUGGAGGGCAAGUACUCGAUACAGAUGGCGAUGAAGACGACGGAAUGGAUGAAGUCAUCAUCUCGUGCGAUGGAGAGAUGCUUGUUGACGAUGAGUUGCAUGAUAUAUUGGUCAAGCCUUUGCCGGCUGGCUGUCACUUGACUGCAUUAUUGGAUUGCUGUUCCUCUGGCACAAGUCUAGAUCUCCCAUUCAACGCCAACGCAGCUCAUCCACCCUCACCCCAAUCUGCUCAACAACAACAACAACACUUCCCAGCGAUACGAAAACACAGCGAAGGAAACGUCGUACUCCUUUCAGCUUGUGCAGAUGCUGAGAGGGCGUAUGAGAAGCAGGAUCAUGAGGAUGAACAUAAGCGGGUGAGGGGGAUGUUGACGAAGGCGUUCAUCGAUAGCUUGAAGACGAGGAGGAAGAGUACUUAUGAUGAACUGCUGACUUCGGUCCGGACACAUUUGAAGAGGAAGGAUACUAUGCAGAACCCGCAGUUAUCAAGCUCCCGUAUAAUCAACAUGGACGAUUACUUCGACUUAUAGUGAACGAAGUCUUGGCCAUUAAUACCGGUCUCGGCAUGGUUGGCAGAAGACAUAGCCGGAAGAACACCGAAAGGGAGCGGAGAGUGGGGAAGAAGGAUGAGCAUCGGACGCGUGUUAGUAAUGACUGCCUCGCCUCGUGAAGUGCCCCGUUUCAUGAAAUUAUGUUCCUUUUUAUUGGAUAUUUUUUUUCUCUGGAUUUGUGUAAGCGUGUAGUCGAUAUUGUACCGUACUGUAGAGAUAUGCCUAUUUAUUGAGUAGUAGUCGAGUG